GCUCUUGGCCCCGCUCCCGCGCCGAGCGCAGCUGCGGGAGGGCUGUCGGGACUCCGGGCGGGCAGCCCCGCAGCGGUGCCGCCUCUCUCUGCGCCGGGACCACCCAAAGCACCGCCUUUCCCACCUCCUCCUUCCCUUCCCCCGCCCCUGCCGGGCUCGGCGCCGGCCGGAGCGCGGGUACCCCGCGAUGGAGCCGCCGGGGCAGCCCCAGGAGCCGCCGCGCCCGCGCUCGCACACGGUCACCACCACCAGCAGCUCCUUCACCGCCAACCUUUCGGGCAGCUCCAGCACCCUCGCCUACGACAGGGAGUUCCUGAGGACCGUGCCCGGGCUCCUCAUGGUGACCGAGAUCGUGUUGGGGCUGCUGGUGUGGACCCUCAUUGCUGGAACAGAAUACUUUUUAUAUCCAGCCUUUGGCUGGGUAAUGUUUGUAGCCGUGUUCUACUGGGUUCUCACCGUCUUCUUUCUGAUCAUCUACAUGACAAUGACCUACACCAGGAUCCCCCAGGUGCCAUGGACCACAGUGGGUCUGUGUUUUAACGGAAGUGCCUUCAUUUUGUACCUCAUUGCUGCCAUUGUAGAUGCAUCUUCAGUUACCAAAGAACUGGACAGUCACAAUUACAACAGCUGGGCAGCUUCUUCAUUCUUUGCCUUCGUGGUUACCUCCUGCUAUGCUGGAAAUACAUAUUUCAGCUUUAUAUCAUGGCGAUCAAGAACAUUGCAGUAAAUAUUUUCUUAAAAUGAAUUCUGUAGUAUAAAAUACCUUCAGGAUUAUACUUUUUGGACAAAAGCUUGGAAGAUGGACAUGGUCUUUUUGAACAUUUCUGUUAGAUUUGACACAACGUAUCUUGAGAUUAAAAUGAUUAUUUAUAAUACAGUAUCAUCUUUAGAGACAUCUAACACUGACUUUCUACUGCAUAAUAAAAUUUUGUACUGCUUCUUUUAGAAUUAACGUGGUAUUUUUCUAGACAUUGUAUAGAUGUCUUUAGAUUAUGAAAGCUUUAAUAAAUCUUUCUCAAUGUGCCAAUGUUGUAAAUGUAACUUUUUAAAUGUUACUGUAUACUUUUGAUAGUGAAUGCUGCAAAUCAAAACUAAGAUUGAUACUGUCUCAUUAUUAUGUAUAGAAAGUGACUUUGUGAAGGAAAAAAACACCCAAAACUUUAAAAAUAAAUAUAUAAAUCACCCAACUGUGCAUGUUUUCUAAACUGGGAGCAGAAGGUUGCUUUUCUGAUUUCUUUUGCAGAGUAAAAUGUAUACUACUAAGAAUUCUGAUGAUCCUGUCAAUUUGCAUAGUCUAACAGCUUCUCACAAUCAUGAGAUUGCUUUUGGAAUAUGUUACUAUAGGUCUGAAGCUCGCAGAAAGAAUGUUGCACCUGAAACACACUAUCUCAACAGGUUUCUUGAAUCCAGCAGGCUCUCGGGUGUAAGUCUAGACAACAAUCCCUUAGUGAUCAGUGUUUAAGCCACUGAGAAUAUCACUUAAAUUAAUAGAUUUUGUUUCUUAGGGGACUGUAUUUUUCUCUUUUCCCAUCAGAUUAGGCCAUUAAUCUGUCCUAAUUAAAUAUGGACUUUUAAAUCCUAUUAAAUUAUGUAAAGAUUAAAUCCAUAGAUGAAUUGUCAAGAGGCCAGUGCUAGAAACAAAGAAUUUCCUCCCUCCUAUACUGUCUGCUGGCAUCAUCUGUGAGCUGAUAGUUUAACAAAUGAACUUUUUAGUUUAACGCUUAUAUAUAAAUAGCUUUGAGUGAAGCAGGAGUAUGACAGAAGAUUAUGACUUUCAAAACAGAUACCUUUGAAAAUAACUUUCAAAUACAAUACCUAUGCAUUUUUUUUUCCUGGAAAUAUAUGGUGACUGUAAGGUCAUUAUUUUGUGAUAUUAUUUGACGUUUUCCUCAUUUAAAAAUGCUGGUAAAUCUUUUAUUCCUGGAUUAAGAAGAUUUGGACUCUUCUAGUCUUCAAAAACUUAGUUGGACAAUUAUGUGCAGUAGUAGUGAAAUCCUACUGCUUCAGAAAUCUUCCUUAUUUUUCCCUGUAACGAAAUGGUGUGUGCUUACGUGCAUGCUCUGCAGCAAAGAUUUAUCAGCAGCCAGCUAAUUCUGUUCUCUAUCACAUUGUCUUGUUCUUGAUUAUCUGUCAAAGUCACAGGAUUUCAGUGUAAGGGAAGCCAAGAUAUUAUUUAAAAACCUAUAUUUAUCUGCAAAUUGCAUCUGGCCUGCACAACAAAGGUCAGGCUGUCUACUGCUUGCUAAAAUUAUCCAGUUGUGAGAAGGAAGAAGGGCUACCAACUGUAUAUUUUAUCUACGUAGAUAAAAUGUGUCACUAAAAUCCCAUGUGCUCUUUUCCAUUGCUGGAAAAAAAAAAUCAAAGGCAUAAAAAUUAUCCAAAUGUCAACUGAUGGAAUGUGACUAGAAAUAAAGCCAGAAUUAAAAUCUCAUAAAUGAAAAUGCUUUAGUAAUAGAAGUUCAAAAUAAUGUGCCUAUGUUUGCACUGAUGUUUCAUGAUUCUGAGGUAACUGCGAUGGUCUGGUCUAAAGUUAUAACCCAGCAACAUUUGUGGACAGAGGUUGUAAGAGGGAGUAAUGUGUUUUAUCCAGUUUACCAAAAACUAUCAGGGGAACUAAAAGGUAUGUUACAAAAUAGCUGCUACAUGUCGGAAUAAACUAGUUAGCAAAACCAUGCUAUUAGCAGAUAGGGCACGAUUCUGGCAAAAUACCUACCACCUCUCUGAGUCUUCAGCCCUGAUCCUCAGGAGAAGAGGUAUGGAAUGUCUAAAGGCAAAUCUGUGAGUAGAAUACUUAAUUCUGAAUUUAAAAAAAAAUGUUUACUAAGCAGAAAUUUGCCUUGUGCUUGUGCAUAACUUGCCUGCCUUGCUCUUUCCUUUUACAAUGAUAAUUAUCUUGCCUCCCAUGCUUGCUCUUAUCCGUCACAUUUCUCAUCUGUUCCCUGAGUACUGACUGUCUGAAUAUUUAGUUAAUAUUAGAGGAAUCUGUACAAGCUGAGAAUUACUUCUGAAGUUUGCUCCCCCUAUUGCAGGCCAGAAGAAAGGCAUAAGCACCCAAAAGGCUGUUUCUUCCAGCACAUUAGUCUUAAAUACUGGUUUGCAGACUGUGACUUACGCCUUUGUAUAUUCUAAUGUUGAUAAAGAAGAUAAGCUAGCUGUGCUUUAUCAUUCAACAAUUUAAAGCAAGAUUAGUGGCUGCAGGCAUUGCUUUGUGCUCAGAAGACUGAAAGAACAACUGGUAUGUGAUGAAAUUGGUGAAAUUCAUCAUGCAG